AUGAACGAGAAAGUUCCAAAAGGUCGGACAAAGAACGCGAGUAGACACGAAGAAGAGAAGGAAUCGAAUGAAAUGAAAAUAAGAACGUGUCCGGUGUUCAAGAGGCUUUCUUUGUCGGACAUAAGUGAUCCAAGCUCGCCCAUGUCGGUCAUGGAUGAUCUAUCUAACUCCUUCACGUCUCAGAAGCUUCGUGUGUUCACCUUGUCUGAGCUACGAGUGAUUACACAUAAUUUCUCGAGAAGUAACAUGUUGGGGGAAGGAGGGUUUGGUCCGGUUUACAAAGGGUUUAUUGAUGAUAAGGUUAAACCGGGUUUAGAAGCCCAACCUGUUGCUGUUAAGGCACUUGAUCUUCAUGGCCAUCAAGGCCAUAGAGAAUGGCUGGCGGAGAUCAUAUUUUUGGGACAACUAAGUAACGAAAAUCUUGUGAAGCUUAUAGGAUUUUGUUGUGAAGAAGAACAAAGAGUGCUUGUUUAUGAGUACAUGCCUCGAGGUAGCUUGGAGAAUCAGCUCUUUAGAAGAAAUAGCGUAGCAAUGGCAUGGGGAAUAAGGAUGAAGAUAGCCCUUGGAGCCGCUAGAGGUUUAGCUUUUCUCCAUGAAGCAGAGAAACCUGUCAUCUACAGAGAUUUCAAAACUUCCAACAUAUUGUUAGACUCUAACUAUAAUGCCAGAUUAUCUGAUUUCGGUCUUGCCAAAGAUGGACCUGAAGGCGAACAUACACAUGUAACCACUCGAGUGAUGGGAACACAAGGUUAUGCUGCGCCUGAAUAUAUCAUGACUGGUCACUUGACGACGAUGAAUGAUGUGUACAGUUUUGGAGUAGUUUUGUUAGAGCUGAUUACUGGAAAACGGUCAAUGGAUAGCACCCGGGCACGAAAAGAACAGAGCCUCGUGGAAUGGGUGCGACCCAUGUUGAGGGACCAAAGAAAGCUCGGACGGAUAAUCGAUCCGAGGCUCGAGUGCCAGUACAAAACUGAGGCAGCUCAGACAGCUGUUGCCUUAGCCCUCAAAUGUCUAAGCCAAAAUCCCAAGUAUAGACCUACAAUGUGUGAGGUGGUUAAGGUCUUAGAGUCUAUCCAAGAAGUUGAGACAAGAGAGCGCAACGGUAACAAAGAAGCAAACAAAUUUUUUGAUACAAAAAAGUGUAGGCAUUACCGUAAAGGCAAAAGACAUGUGAAUAUCGCUUAUUCAGAUUCUCUCCUUUACAAGGAUUCCAAGACAAAGCAGAGUAAUGGAAUUUGA